UGUCUAACAGACGCUACGAUCUACGAUUGUAGUUUUAAGGAAACGAAUCAAGUUGUGCGAACUGUUUUCGUCGGUUGUAGUUAAGAUUUUAAUAAGACAUUAAAAUGAAUCGACGUCGAAGAUAUGCUGGUGAUUUUACAGAUUCGAUAAACAGUUUACAAUACAGUACUAGUUCUGAGAUAGAUUCCUGUACGCCUUGUUCGCUUUCCAUAGACAGUUUGGAUGAUGAAAGAACAAGAAAGUACAUGUCCAAACAUUCUACACAUAGUUGUAAACAUUCCAUUAUUUUAGCUAGUAGUUCUACAAAGGAUUCUUUUAUGCUGGAUACACCCGCUUUAUCUGUUACAUCUGUUCGAUCUGAACCAGAUUUAAAUAAACGUAUUAAUUUAUUUCAAGGUAGAAACUUGAAGGAACAAUAUCAAUAUGAUAAUGGUUUUGUGCGUUCGUGUAACAAAGGUGAAGAUAAAGAAAAUUGUAGUCCUCGAUGUGGAACGAAAGAUAAACAGUUACAGAACAGAGCAUCUAAAAAACUAGUAAGCGAAUUAACAUUGACUGCACCAAAAAAAGGCAUAUUACAAUUGCAUAAAAAAUUGGAAAGCGAUAAAGUAAACGAAGCAUCAAAGAGAGAUAGUAAUUAUAACAUACAUGGCAAUAAAUUUGAUGCAGUUCCUGUAUCGGAAGAAAAUAUAACCUCUAAAAAUUUUGAAUAUAGUCAAGUAACCAAUGAAACGAAAAAAUUUGAAACUCUACUCUGUUCAUUAGAUACUCGGUUAAAUGAAACAAAGGAAGCAUCGAACCCGCAACAAAUUUUGAAACGUUUAUCCUCUGAAUAUGUACUUUCUCCAAGAAAAUUUAAUGAAAAACUAGUAACUAUUACCGAAGAAUCUAUUAUUAAUAAUGGCGAUGAUAUAUGUAACUUAUCUGCAGUAAAUUUAAGCAGAUUAACAGCAGAAUUGAGAAAAAUAUGUAAAUUCAUAGAAGAUGAACCUUCUCCUGAAUGGCCUUCAUCUCCAUUGUCUACACCUCCUUCAUACUUAAAACAAAUGCUCACAAGUCCCAUAUGCAAUAAAUCUAUUCCAGUUACUAAAAAUGAACAAUUAUUAAUUUCACCCGUAAAUUCCCUACCACCUUCCACACCUUUGUCCGCCAUAGAUGUAAUUAAAAAAAGAUUCUUCCAAAAAAUAUCAAAAAAUAAUUGCGAUGGGAACACUAAUGAUUUAAUUAAUGCAUCAUCAAAUAUAUCUAGUACCGAAUCUUUCGAACGUUUGGAGGUUCAAUGUAAAAGAUUAUUUCCUGAUGAAAAAGAAUGUUUUCAGCCAUUACAACGAAGCGUAUCAGUGCCUUCGUUGUUGAGUAUGACAGAAAUUGAAAAUAUUUGCGAAGAACAAAUGGCUUUAUUAGAUGUUUCUAAUACAUCUGAUGCAGAUAACACAAUUCUAAGUACCCCUAAUUUAUUGGAUAUGCAUUUACAUCAAAGUUCAUUAAUGAACAAUUCGAAAAAUGAAAAAGAAUCAAGUUCUAAAUUACAUGAAAAAUCUAUGAAGAUUAGCGAAAACUCGGACAUUAACAUGGCAAAUGAUGAUAAAAUUACAUGUAAUUGUAUAUCACUUGAUAUAGAUGAUUUGAAACAGACACUUUUAGAAGAUAUAGCAAAGAAAAGAAAAAGAUGUCUUGAUACAGCAAGACUUAUUAAAGAAAUCAAUGCUGAUAUUAAACUGACAGAAGAAGAAAAGUCAUUAGGGAUGUCCCUUAUGUUGAUUACCGAGAAUGAAUCAAAUUCAUUGACUUGCGACGAAGCUAAGUUUUUAAAAACCCUAACAGUUUGUAAAGAUUAUCAAACAUAUUUAGAAAAACAGAAACCUAUUUUUAAUUUAUUGAUGAACUCGGAUUCUCGCGUGCCUGAAACUACAUUCGAGAAUAAGGCAAGCGUUUAUUUCAAAAACGAUGAAGAAAUUAAGAGUUCAGAUGCAGAUUGUUUUAAUAUGAAAUUGCCAUCAAAAGCAAAGAAAAAUAUUUUAAGUCCAAAUGUAAAAUAUACAUAUAGAUCACCAUUAUUAAGAAAUAGAAACAAAGAGACUAAAGAGGAAACACAGUUUCCAAAAGCAAAAUUAUUUUUUACACCGGGUAAAACUCCCCCAGGUAAACAUUACAUAAAAAAAAAGAUAUAUUUUCCGGCUAUGUAUAGUCCGACAAAAGAUACAAAAGAGGAAAAUAUUUCGAAAAAUUCACAUGCAAGAGGGCCGCGUAAAACAAGUUAUAAUACUGUAACUUCGCCAAUUGGUAUGUACAUAAGAGGUACUGAUAUGCAACUUAUAAAAAAUAUACAUGCUAAAACAGAUGAUGUAUCGCUUCAAUUUGUAAAAAGAAAUGAUAAAGCAUCUUCAAAUAGAAAUUCAAAACAAACAACUAAGUCACAAAACAUAACUAAUUCUAAAACUCAAGGAGAUAUGUCAAUGAAAGUUAAUUUAUCUUCAAAAUUAGGAACACAUUUACCAUAUAAAAAAGAGACAAGCAUAUUGGUAGCAUCUGAGGUUGACAGUACACAUAAAAGUCAUUUUUUACUACCUAAAGUUUCUUACAAACUUCCAUUACAAGUUAAGACGAUAAAGGAAACAAAAUCUCCCAGGAUAGGAGCUCGUGUAAAGAAAUUGCUCGAGUCAACAGAAAAUAAAGUUGUUAUCCGACACCAAGGUAGAAUUAACUCGAUCCAGAAACAGAAGAAUGCAGGAAUAAUAGCAAAUAACGAAGUAUUGGAAAUUAACUAUGAACCAGAAGAUCAAUCUAUACACAUAGAACAGGCAGCUAACAAAACGAAUUUUAUUCAUAAAAAGAGAAAUAUUUAA